ACCCGGAACCGGGCCGAACCCGGGCCUCGCUGCCCCCGUCCCACGGCUGCAAUGCGCCGGUUCCGCCGUGCCGUGCUCGACCCCUGCAGAGCCCCGACUCCUCCGGCAACGAUCUGCUGGGACGGCACAGCCUGGGGGCAACGGGAGCGCUGCCGGUGCCGCAGCUGCAGCCCACGCCGGGGUCACAGCAGUCCUGGUUUUAUGGCCGGGCUCGUGAUGGUGCUGGUUUUAUGGCCGGGCUCGUGAUGCGUUUAUGGCCGCGCUGGCACUGCCGCGGGUCCUCCCGGCCCCGUACCCCGCAUCCCGCUGGCAUUGGGGUGGAGGAUGGCAGCCGAACUUUGCCCGGCGAGGUGCGGCUCCCGAGGGCUCCCGCGAGAGCUGCGGUACCGCGGCUGCGUCCGUCCCCCGCCGGGCACCUGGAUGGGCAGCGGGAUCCCGCCCGGCCCCUGCGCAGCGUCCUCACCGCCCGCAUGUCACCAGCGGUGUGCUUUGGUGCCGAGACCCCGCGUCACGUAGCGGCCGUCGGCCCGGCGGCGUGGAGCAGCGCUUAGCAGAGCUGUGCAGCGGCGAUGUCCCCGAGGUGGAGAUCGUCACCCUGCUGGGCGAGCAGCUUCCUCGCUACACACUGCGUGCCGACACCGUCUUCGGCUACGACCAUGAGGACUGGCUGCGUGCCCCCCCCGCCUCGCAGCCCACAGCCCCCCUGACCCCCCAGCAGAUCGAGGAGACCCUGUGGUACUUUCUCCUGUGCGCCGAGCGGGCUGUGCGGAUCACCAAGACGUACCACGACAUCGAUGCUGUCACCAACCUGCUGGAUGAGAAAGAGAGAGACCUGGAGCUGGCAGCGCGCAUUGGGCAGUCCCUGCUGAAGCAGAACCGCAGCCUGACGGAGCGCAAUGAGCUGCUGGAGGAGCAGCUGGAGCUGGCCAAGGAGGAGAUCGCACAGCUGCGCCAUGAGGUAUCCAUGAGGGACGAUCUGCUCCAUUUCUACACCACCAACACAGAGGAGAAUGAGCCCACCUCCGCCCCCAUCACACCGCUGCGCCGAAAUGAGUCCUCGCUGUCCCUGCAGCAGUACUUCCAGUACGACGCUCUGCAGCAGAAGCUCCGCUGCCUGGAGGAGGAGAACCAGAAGCUUCGCCUGGAGGCCACCACUAUUGUGACAGAGACCAGCCGGUACGAGGACCAGGAGCAGCAGCUGAUGAUUGACUGUGUGGAGCAGUUCUCUGCAGCCAGCCAGCAGGUCGCCUGCCUGUCGGAAGAGCUGGCCCGCAAGGCUGAGGACACGGCGAGGCAGCAGGAGGAGAUCAGUCAGCUCCUGGCACAGGUGGUGGAGCUGCAGCAGAAGUGCAGAACGUAUGGCACGGAGGUGGAGGAGCUCCAGCAGCACCUGGCUGCGGCCAAGGAGGUGCAGCAGCAGCUCCGGACAGAGCUGCAGGACCUGCAGGACAAAUACGUGGAGUGCGGUGGGAUGCUGCAGGAGGCCCAGGAGGAGGUGAAGAGCCUUCGCAGCCGCAGUCUGCCCAACAGCACCGUCAGCCGCUACGGCGCGGGCAGCAGCCUUCUGCCCCUGGAAUCGUUGGCUGCUGAGAUCAAGGGGACGAUGAAGAAGGGGACGGAGUCCUCCUCAGACUACAGGAGCUGUCUGCGUGUUUUUGAGACGGUGAAGGCAGUGAACCACGCGGCCAAAGCCCGGUCGAGCUCUGCAUCCCCCCAGCACACACCUGGCUCCAAGCAGACGUCGGCUGCUCCCACCGGGGGAGGCAGCACUCCUCACCCCAGUCCAGAGGGUGCCCAGGCGGUGGGCCCACGGGCAGCCCCCGGCCGCCAGGACCUGGAGGCGGCGGUGCAGCGGCUGUCGGUGCAGCAGCAGUGCCACUCGGAGGAGGAGCGCUCCUUCUUCGAGGCGGAGCGGGAGCACAAACUGUGGCGGCUGCGGGAUGAGGACGGCUCCAGUGGGAUCCCGACGCCCAACGGCAGCGUUGUGUCCGCCGGCACCACCUGCUCGGGGGGCUCUGAGCACACCGCCGCCUCCGGCUUCUCGCUGGGCUCGCUCAGCUUCCUGCCUGACAAGCUGCAGAUCGUGAAGCCGCUAGAAGGCUCAGUGACACUCCACCACUGGCAGCAGCUGGCACAGCCCAACCUGGGGGGGAUCCUGGUGCCCCGUCCCGGGGUGCUCACUAAGGACUUCAGGCCACUGGACAUCGACCUGGAGGAGGUGUACAGCCUCACCGACCUGGAGGAGGACGAGGUGGAGGCUGCCUCUUUCCAGCUGCUGCCCACCUCCACGCCCGCCAAAGCCAUGGAGCGCCCCGGGGUGUUCCUCUCUGCUAACAACCUCCCCCAGACCCCGUCCACCUUCACCAUCACCACCUGCCACAUCCUCCACCCCACCACUGAGCUCACCACGGUGAUGCCCAGUCUGCAUCACUCCGUCGUGCCUUCUUGUGGGCCCUUUGAGGGGCUGAACCGCAGCCCCCCCUCUUUGCAGCCGUCCUGCCCGGCGCCGGCACAUCGCCCCGCGCCCCCCGGCCCCCGUCUGGGCCUCGUCCGCCUCCUGCUGCUGCGCGGCAUCAAUGCUGUGACGCUCCCGGCCCCGACCAGGAGGGCCCCCCCGCUCCUCCCCCAUCCGUGCGCCGCGGUGGAGGAGCAGCGGGGACCCUCGGAGCAGAGCAGCAUCUUCAGCGGGAACCUCGUGCAGAAGCUGCGGCGCCUGGGGCUGCACCGGGUGGUGGCCCGGGGGGAGCGGUCCUACGCGGUCGGGGAGCGCCGGGAGCAGCGCGAUGCGCCCACGUGAGGGCACGGCGCAACGACGGCACGCGGACGGAACGAAUCCUCCGCCCUCUUCACCUCCGGCCGCGGGCGAACAGCGCUGGGCUCCCUCAGCUGCUGCACGGCGGCAUCGCCCGCCCUGGGACAGCGCGGAGCCCCGCAGCCGCUCACGGCGCUUCAUCUCAGCGCCGGAACCCCCCCAGGCGCGGGGAGCGCGGAGCUCUGCAGUGAACGGCCCUCUCCCUGAGCCCCUCCGAACCCCACUGCUGGCGGCACAACCGGCGCUGCCGCAAUGGAGGAGCAGCGGCCCCGCGGGGCUCCACGUGCCGGGCUGAGCCCCCACCGCCGGGACCCGGACUGACUUCUAAAGCAAACGGUGGUUUUAAAGCGGUGUUUUUUAAACUCUUUUCUGCCCCACAAAUAGAGGGAGCAGCGCUGCGCGGGGCUGCCUGCAGCUGUGCCCCAUCUCCGUGGAAUAAACGCGAACACCCGA